UGUUACAUGCGCACGCGCAUUCUCCUCACACUAUCCUCCGCGCUCGCCGUUAGUCGCAUCUUAACGUUCAUCCGCACAGCACGUCCACCGCGUAACAUGUUCAGUGAUUAAAAAUAAGGAUUGUGACGUCAGUGAUAGUGUGUAGUGUACGGAUUGGCAGAUUAAAAUGUUUCCUCGGUGGAGGACGUUGGUGGUGGUGUGGUGCGUGGUGGCUGCAGCAUUAGCAGAUGAUUCUCCACCCGGGCUGGUCAGCAAGGACAGCGAGCAAGAUCUAGUCGCCGAAGCCAGUACAGGUGCCCAAGCCCAGAAGCGGGAUGCGACGCUAUCAAACUCAUACGGCGAACCUCUACCUGCAGACGCUUACGGCCCCCCUCAAGAUCUGUCCAAUAUCAUUCCAGAUCUCCAAUUGCCAGCACCUGUUUACGGAGUGCCAACAGACCUGCAAGAGACACCGCCCGGCGCCUACGGACCUCCGUCACCAGUCGUCUUCCCGAGCCAAGUUUAUGAAGGUCCCCCGCCUCCAAUCCUAAAGCCAAAACCUGUAUACGGACCGCCAAAACCUAUCUACGGUCCACCAAAACAAGUAUAUGGUCCACCAAAACAUGUAUACGGACCACCAAAGAAGACCUAUGGACCUCCGAAAUUUAGCCUUCCUAAACCUACAUACGGAGUUCCGUUUAAACCACCAAAGAUCAGCGUGCCUAAACCGAUUUAUGGCGUACCAAAACCUGUGUAUGGUCCGCCUAAACAAGUUUAUGGACCACCAAAGCCCAUUUAUGGAACGCCUUUGUUGAACGCGCCAAGUCUACAUACUCUUCCGAACUUACCCAUCGCAGAGUUGCCUCCAGUGUCGACUAGCAUUGGAACGAUCAGCUCAAAUAUUGAUCUAGGCUUGAACUUACCAGCACCGAUCUACGGAACACCAAUACCGUCUCUGCCACUGGAUCUGAAGCCUAACUUCCCAAUUCCAGCGGAAACUUAUGGACCUCCAGGACAUCCGAUUGGCCCAAUUGGACCUAACGAUCAAGUUGUAGUCCAUGACAGUAGUAUUGGACACUACGGUCCACCCCAACCGGAUCCGAACCCCCGUCCACCGCAUCCAGGCAUUCCCGCGCCUCCGACGCCUCCUCACGUUUUGUAUGAUGGUUGGAAGCCAAUCCCAGGUGUAUCCAAACCUGUGAUUGAACAACACGUCGAACAUGGACUGAACAAUAUCGGUGACCAAUAUGGCCCACCGCCGCCUGCGCCGCAAGUCCAAGAAGUCCACAUAAACCUCGACGGCCAAUCACUGCCUGAUGCUCAUCAACAACAUUCGUUCAAUAGUGGAUCUGCUCAAAUUACCACUGGUUAUUCCAGCGUCCAUCAAGAUGCGUUAGCGAAUAUCGACUUAAAUGCUAUCGUUGGUGGAGAUUCGAAUCACAUUGACCAAUCAAAAACAGUGUACGAAGCGCAUUACACUGAGCCAGCCAAUCCUCAAGACGACUUAGCUUUCAUCCAGAGCUCUAUUUCUUCGGGACUGUCCAUCCCUUCAGGACUCGAUAAGCCAAUAGACACUUAUUCUGCUCCACCCCUAGACUCAUUGUCCAAUGGUCCUUACCCAGGCUCAAUCAGGCAACAAGGAGCUAAGGGUCUCGUACCUCCCUCAGGAGUCUACGGGGUCCCACCUGGAAGUCACUACGGUGCUCCACCAAAACCCUUACCACAUAACCUGCCAAUUCCUUACGGCUCGCACUCCGGCGGCGGACAUACAGGUGGCAACACUCCGAGACACCCAAUCAAAUUCAGGGAGGGAGUGCCAGACGGUUUGCUGCAACACAUUGGAAAGGUCACACGCCACAAAGAUAUCCAUGCGAUUGAUCAUGUAAGUCAAGGCCCUCAAUAUCUGCCUCCGCCAAUCCGCGACAUCAAAGACGUAGCUCAUCAAACAGGUAACGGUGGUAUUGAAAGUUUAGCACUGUCCAUUGAACCAACGAACUUGUACAGUCUACCUCAUGCCGGCAAUCCAAUCAAUUUCAACGUUCAACAACCUAGUAGCACCUAUGGAUCACCAAUAGAUUCAUACUCAGUGCCUUUGCAUACAGUUGGAGACCAUACUGCAUCAGGAUCAAACACCAACUCCAUUACAGCUACGCUUGAUGGUACAAUUCUUGCCAACUUAUCCAAUUUAGAUGCUGCCGCUAUUCUGAAACACUGUCCAUAUCAUGAAGCCAUACUUAAAGCUGCUAAAUAUGGAACCAAAAUACCAUCAGAGUUGGCUUCCAGCUACGUUGCAAGUUUAAGUUCUUUAGGAUCAACUCUUUCUAAGAGUCAACAAACUUUGAUUUCACCACAAAACGGUUUCAAUACUCCCGCAGCUGGUAGUGAAAGUGUAUCGUAUAAUACUAAAGAUUUAGCCACCGCAUCGCACACUUUAGUGCAAACAAUCCUACCAAGCGAUGAUAAGAAAGAAAAGAACGAGAAAAAUAUUGUGAACAAAGGAAAAUCAUUGAAAGAUAAAUAUAAUUACAAAGAUGAUAAACUGCAGCUCGUCUCGGAACAAAUUCAACAGACGUCUGAAAAAAUUAAACAUCUAAGUGAAGAAGCGCAACAGUUGCAGCAAAAGAUUAUAUCGACGAAUAAAAAUUUACACGCAAACAGCCACGUUCAACAGUUUUCACAGGAAAUACCUGUGAAAGGUAAACAACAAAGUUAUACAAUUCAAAUCCAAUCAUCUGACGGAUCUGGUAAGACAGGUUCACCAUCAAUACCUCACGAACAAUUAUUAUCUGAAGGACUUCUACAAAGUAUUCUUCAAGCCAUUGAGCAACCUUCGUCGAACCCAGCUCCUCAAAUCCACACUGCUAAAGUCCAAAAUGUUUACGCACAUACCAAUUUCCAUCAAGGUAAUUUCCACAGCCAAAAUAACUACAAAACUCAGGGAAACUUCAAACCGAGUACGUCAGACUUCGGUAACAUCCCAGAUUUUGGAGGCCUAACUCUACCAGAUGGCUACGAACCGAUCGACAGGACAAAAGAUAAAAAUAAAAAAACAACAGAUCAAGAAAUUCAAAGCUCAAAUAAGAACAUCAAAGCAGUUUUACACAACGAAAUCGUUCACAAACACAGAGGUGAUAUUCCCGAAUGUGAUUUGAGGUCUGAAAACUCUGUGAAACACUCAGUUAUACUUCCACCCCCUAAAAUAGAAAAUAUAGAACCAGUAGACGAAAUUGAUGACAACGAUGUUGCCAUAUUCUUUGGUAAUAAUGACUCUAAAAACGAAGCGACGGAAAAGAAUGAGCCAGUAACUGAAAUAUCUGUAGCUACGAGUAUAAGUGAAAAUGUAGACCAGUAUAGUGGUAAAAAGUCUGAAUUUGGAGAUAAAAUAGUUAAGUCGUAGGCAUUUAGUUUUGCGGUAGAUUCUAGUCUAACCAGUGAGCUGUUGACUGAACAUAAAAUACAUUCGUAUAGCCAAAGGAUAUAAACACAACCGUACAUAACAUUUGUCAUAGUAAAACUGUAGAAAAAUUACCCCAUCUAAUAAUUUAUUUACAUUCUCAGACAAAAUAAUUUUAAUUAUAACAAACGCUCACUGGCGCCAUUGUGGUAAAAUAAGCCAUCAGAUGCUAGGGACGUCAAUUUACAAAAUUUCACGUUUACAUAACAUAAAUAGUUUAGUGACGUAGGUAGGUAAGUAACUCCCUUGUCCUUUCCUUUGUACUAUAUCAAUCGAUCUAUGUCACUGAAUUCUUUACAUUUUAAUGCAUAAAAUCACCAUUGCUUUUUCAGUGUUAGCUUUUAUUAUUUAGAUUGUUAAAAUCUUGGAUUAUCUCAGGGAAAUAAUGUAGUUAUAAGUGUAAUAUAGUAUACUUUUUCACACAUUAUAGAGAACAAAAUGUGCGACAAAGUGAACAAUCGGUAUUUAAUUUGUCAUCGAUUGCUCUGAAGUUAGCGAGUCGUUAUUUAUUUAAAUUUGGAUCGAACCCACAGUUCGUUAGAUCUAAUGAUCUAGAUCUCUCUGCACUAAUCUGGGUACGACUCAAGUUAUUCUUAUAAAUUAUUACACCCCGAUAAAGGAAAGGUAAUUUUAAAUUAACUAGCUGCCGUUAUGACCAAUUAUAUAAAAUAAGAAAUGAAUGAAUAGAGAUGUGAAUAUAUUUUGUUUUUAUCGAUUCAUCCGAUACUAGAUUGGAAAGUGUAACAGCCGAAUGCAAAUGGUUUGACAACUUUCUUUUACCGGGGCAUAAAUUAUAACGUUAUUUAUAAAAUUAACCGUAGUUAUAAGUGUUGUAGUAUUGGGUGUUUUUUUAUAUUGAUUCGAUCGAAUUAAUCGCAAGUAUGUACUGAUUUGUACAAAUAUUUUGUUGUUUAAGACGAAUAAAAUGUACAGUUAAUUUAUAAA